AGGUCAGAAUUUUUCGGGGAAAAAGAGAGGAUUCAUAUCCUCUCCGUCUGUCCUGUCUCUCUCUCUCUCUCUCUCUCUCUAUCUCUCUCGCUGGUCGUGUGCUUGGCGAAGGCUGGAGAGACAGAUCUGGGGGAGAGAACGAUUUAGAUUAUCGCACAAUCACUGAGAAUUUGAAGAAAAAACGCCGUCUUUAAUUCGGUGAAGAUGGAUCAGGUGUUGAACAAGGUGGGAACGUAUUGGUUCAGCAAGAAGGCUAACAAGGAGCUUAGCUCUGUCGGCGACGACAUCAAUUCAAUGUCCAGCAGCAUCGAAGGAGGAGCAAAAUGGUUGGUGAACAAAAUCAAAGGAAAGAUACAAAAACCACUUCCAGAACUCCUAAAGGAAUAUGACCUGCCUGUUGGGAUCUUUCCUAGAGACGCAACAAACUACGAGUUCAGUGAAGAGACAGGAAAGCUCACAGUCUUCAUUCCCUCAAUCUGCGAAGUGGGCUACAAGGACUCUUCGGUUUUACGCUUUUCCACCUCAGUUACUGGAUAUCUUGAGAAAGGGAAACUAGCAGACAUAGAAGGGAUGAAAACAAAGGUAAUGAUUUGGGUGAAGGUGUCGGCGAUAUCAGCCGAAGCAUCGAAGCUUCAUUUCACUGCUGGUAUGAAGAAAACCCGGAGCAGAGAGGCGUACGAGGUUCACAGAGAUGGAGUUAUUGUGGAUAAGUUCUGAAACACAGGAAGCUCGUAUUCAUAACGGUGCUACUGUUCUGAUGGAGCUUCUGCAUUUACGUGCUUCGGACCGAUGUGGCAUGGUUAACUACUAGUGCGAAACUUGCAAGUGUAUGUAAUCUUCAUCAUCUCUAAAUGUUUCUCUUCUGUUGUAGCCCAGAUCUCAAAUACUGUUCGUCAGAAUUGAAUAUUAUUCUCAGGUGAUGUGCAUGAAUUUGCAACGGUAA